AUGUGGAGCCCUCCUUCGUUCCAAAGCCUACUGAACACGCCAAUAGUUAGAAAUCCAAUGGUAAUAAAUCAAAGUGGUGUUAACAAUGCUCAUUUUCCCAGUUUUCAGACUCAUGGUAACACUUCUUUGAGUAGUAACCAAAUUCCAAUUAGCACUCCAAUGGUUCCUUCUCAAAUUUGUGGUAACACCACGGGCAUCAACAAUCAGAAUCAAGUAACGACAAAAAGAUUAAAAAAGAGAGUUAAAGAUGUCCAAACGUCAAGUGGCAAAAAGGAUUGGGGUGUAGAAGAAGAAGAAGCUUUGACGAAUGCAUGGUUGAAUGUGUCUUUGGACCCUAUUGUGGGUAACAAGUACCAUGUGCCUCUCAGCUCAUUACAUCCUAGAUCUCUUUGGCAACAGGGGGUUGAAAUUUCUCAGUUUUACUAA